AUGUAUUCAAAUCCAUAUCUACACUUCUAUCCACCGCCACCACAUCCGCCUCCUCCCAAAAACCUUACUUUACAAACAGAUCCUCGACAUGUCUUAAGUUUUCGUGAAUUCUAUCAGAAACAUUUUAACACGCAUAGAGAUUUUUUUCAAUUUGCUUUAGAUCCAAAACCUUUUAGUUUAUGGAGAAUCGAAAGUUGCAAUUUUAAUUGGCAGAAUCAGCCUUUUUAUAAGUAUCCUUAUGAGUAUAAUGAAAGAAACCGAGAACGUAACUGGAAUCAAUAUCGAGAAUCAAGAGAAGAGGAGGAAGAACCGUACGAUGAAGAGAAUCAACCGUAUGAAGAUUAUGUAGAUUAUGAAGAAAAUAAGGAGAAUGAGGAAAAAAUGCAGUUCGUUUUGAGCGAUGAGGCCAUUGCUAUGUUUCGCUUUUCCGAGUUGAGAAUAUUGAAACUUAAAGAAAAUGAAGAAAAUGGGAAGGUAGAGUAUUCCUCAUCAUCACCAUCAACCACAUAUGUUACUUCUGAACCAAACCCAGCAGAAUUACAACCUUCAAAUUUAUCAGCUAAAGAAGCUCGAGAAUUCUAUGGAGAUUCAUAUUCUACUAUUAAAGUUAUGGAAGCAACAUUGAACAAUAUUUAUGUAAAAAGUUAUGAAAUUAAACAAGAUCAGAAUAAUGAUAAUGAAAAUAAUGAAGAGGAGAAUAUGGUGGUAUAUUGGCCAGUUUUACCUUUGAAAUUUACAUAA